AUGCCUGAAAAAAGGAGUUCGAGAUUCAUCUUCUUCCUCGAGAAAUAUGGGAUCUCAUCGUUAGAGCUUCCUCUAAUUCAACAUGCUCCAGGACCCGAUUCCAAUCGUCUUGCUUCUGUAUUAAGUGAUAAGAGCUUUGACUGGAUCAUCAUAACAUCUCCAGAAGCAGGUUCUGUCUUUCUCGAGGCGUGGAAGGCAGCUAGCUCCCCAAAAGUGAAAGUAGGUGUUGUGGGAGCUGGAACAGCUCGCGUAUUUGAAGAGACAAUGCAAUCCGCAGAAGGAUCGCUUCAUGUUGCCUUUACACCAUCAAAAGCAACUGGGAAAGUCUUGGCUAUGGAGCUUCCAGAUAAUGUUGGCAAAAGGUCCUCUGUCUUAUACCCAGCUUCUCUGAAGGCAAGCAAUGAGAUUGAGGACGGGUUGUCCAGUCGUGGGUUUGAAGUUCUGAGGCUGAAUACAUACACAACAAUUCCUGUGCAGAGUGUUGAUGCAAUGCUCCUGCAACAGGCACUAUCUGCGCCGGUUCUUUCUGUAGCUUCACCUUCUGCAAUCCGGGCCUGGAUUAAUCUGAUUCAAAAUGUGGAGCAAUGGAGCAAUUAUGUUGCCUGCAUUGGGGAGACAACUGCUUCAGCUGCAAAACGGCUAGGAUUGAAAAACGUGUACUACCCAGAGCAACCAGGAAUUGAAGGGUGGGUCGAAAGCAUCAUGGAAGCUCUAGAUGCUCACACAGAUUCAAGUAACUCUAUCUCUCUCCCCUUUGAAAGUUCAAGUCCGCGUCGUUCGUCAUCGACACCUCCCGUGACUGUGCCGAGCAAUCAGAAGGCUUCAAAGAGGAAGAGGACAAAAUACAGGAAGCAGCACCCAGGAGAGAGCGUUGGAAUAACAGAGGAAAUGAGGUUCGUCGCCAUGAGAUUACGUAACGUUAAUGGAAAUAAAGUGGAUCCAUGCCAUAGUGAUACUGAAAGAGACAAGGUAGAAGAAAAAAACGAUUAUGAAUUAGAGGGAGAGACUUGGAGGCCGAGCAAGGAAGGCCUUCUUAAGUUUUUGGUCGAUAGCAAGCUUGUCUUCAAUACUAUUGAGCGAAUUGUAGACGAAUCGGAGGAUGUUUCCUAUGCUUACUUCAGGAGAACAGGACUAGAGCGAAGUGAAAGUCUUGAGAGGGAUCUACAAUGGUUUACAACACAAAAUUUGGCCAUCCCAGAACCAAGUAACGUAGGAGUUUCUUAUGCAAAGUACUUGGAAGAACAGGCAGGGGAAAAUGCACCCUUGUUUCUUUCUCAUUUCUACAAUAUCUACUUUUCACACAUCAAUGGUGGUCAAGUUAUAAUAAGACAGGUAUCUGAGAAGCUUUUGGGAGGGAAGGAGCUGGAGUUUAAUAGAUGGGAAGGAGAAGCACAAGACUUGCUUAAAGGCGUUCGUGAGAAGCUCAAUGUUCUAGGGGAGCAUUGGACUCGGGACGAAAAAAACAAAUGCUUGAAGGAAACAGCAAAGGCGUUUAAGUAUAUGGGGCAGAUAGUUCGCUUGAUCAUCUCGUGA